AUGGGUUCUCUCGGUUCUUUUCAGCAGACCAAGACGCUUUCCGAUGUGAAAAACAAGAAGCUGCUGCAUUAUAAAGGCUUCAUUGAUGGACAAUGGGCCGAUGCAGCUUCUGGCAAGACCUUCGAUUUAAUCGACCCAGGCACAGGUGAAAAACUCGCCACUUUCCCUGAAAUGGGGGCGAAAGAUACGGCCCGAGCUAUUGAGAGUGCUUCCAAAGAAUUUAAAACAUGGAAGAAUACCUCAGGGCGGGAGCGUGCGCGGAUGCUGAGGAAGUGGAAUGAUCUGUGCUUGGAAAACACAGAGGACUUCGCCUUGAUCAUCACCUUGGAGACAGGCAAGCCGCUUUACGAAGCGAGAGCCGAAGUAAUCUACGCCUGCAGCUUUCUUGAGUGGUUUGCAGGCGAGGCUGAGAGGACUCACGGUGAAAACAUCUAUACCGCCAACAGAAAUCAGAGACUCGUCACCAUGAAGCAGCCGAUCGGAGUGGUUGGAUGUCUGAUGCCCUGGAACUAUCCGAUGGCUAUGAUCACCCGCAAGGCUAGUGCUGCCAUUGCUGCAGGCUGUACCACUAUCUGGAAGCCGGCCGGCGAGACCCCUCUCUCUGCUGGCGCUAUGGCUGUCCUUGCUAUGGAGGCGGGCAUUCCCGCUGGGGUGAUUCAAAUCAUCACCAGCUUGACAACUGUCGCCGAGGUAGGCAAGGAGAUCUGCACCAACAAGCUGGUGAAGAAAGUCAGCUUUACGGGCAGUACGAGAGUCGGUAGGCUAUUGAUGGAACAAUGUGCCCCGACAGUGAAGAAACUUAGCUUGGAACUCGGUGGAAACAGUCCUUUCAUCGUCUUUGACGACGCAGAUGUUGACGUGGCUGUCGAGGCGGCCGUUAUGGCAAAGUUCAGAAAUACUGGUCAGACGUGCGUGGCCGCCAACCGCAUCUUCGUCCAAGAUGGAAUCUAUGACAAGUUUGCCAAAGCUUUGUCCAACACGAUCUCGACAUUCAAGAUUGGUCCAGGAACCCAGGAUGGCGUCUUCGUUGGACCUUUGACUCAUGAAAACGUUCUGUCAAAGGUGUUGACCCAUAUCGAAGAGGCAAAGAGCAACGGAGGCAAGAUCAUCUUGGGCGGCAAUCGGGUUGACGGAACCAAAGGUUAUUAUGUUCAGCCGACUAUUAUAGCAGAUAUGCCGCGCGGUACUAUCACGGAGCAAGACGAAGUCUUUGGUCCCGUCCUUCCCCUGUAUAGAUUUCAUACCGAGGAGGAAGUCAUCGAACUCGCGAACAAUGUCGACGUAGGGCUCGGAGCCUUUGUCAUUACGUCCAGCAUGCCCAGACAGUGGCGUGUUACCGAAGCUCUGGAGGUUGGCGUCGUUGGCGUGAACAUUGGCCUUCUUUCAGCCGCGGAGAAUCCCUUCGGUGGCGUGAAGCAAUCCGGCUUCGGCAGGGAAGGUGGACGUGAAGGUAUCAAUGAGUACCUCAUUCUCAAGAGCAUGUUCUUAAACGUUGCGAGUGGUUGA